CAGAAUCGAGAAUAUUCGCGCGAACGCGACGGGCGGUGAGCCGUCGGAACCGUCCCCGGCCGCCGUUGGAGCGGUUCGCUGUUGUCGUGGUCCUCGUAGCCCAUAGCCUCAUGAAUCAGUGGACGCAGACGACAUCAUUGGAGACGUGGUAAUCUCGCUAUGCGUCCUGGACACGAGGUUGUGAUGUCUGAUGGGCCAUGCCAACUGUCUGUGACCUGCCUUAGCAGGGGCCUCAAUCCCACCACUCCCUUGCUUCGGCGCCUAUUUGACCUGCCUGCGACGGUCCGCAAAGCUGACAUCUUAGGCUCGAUUGACAAUGAUUUAUACUAUGAGGAUGCCACAUCCAUUUACCACGUGGAGGUCACACCUUCGAGAAGUGUUGCUUCCACGCUUGAAGACAUUGUAAACCGCUGGAAAGACACCAAAGAGAUCAAGCUCUUGUGUGGUGCGGUUCCUGGGUGGUGGCUGUCAUGGCCCCAGCUAGUUGACUCAACCACGAACGAACAUGACGACCUGAAAUUUGCAAACUUCUCUCUCGGCUCUUUUGUGGGCAUGGGAACGUAUGUUGAACACUACUGUUCAUCUCCGAGGGAGCCUCAGGAACCAGCAAAGCCAAGGACCAAGCUAGCUGACCGGCAUCCAGCAUCUUCCAACAAGAAACAGCGGUAUCGCAUAACACAGUGCAUGGCCCACUUUGCUCACUAUCGCCAAAGGCUGUACAUCUACUUUGUUGAUGUCAAGGAGCCACUGGUCAAACAGGAGCAGAAUGGUGAGACACACGCCCGCCACCGCUUCGUCAUUGAGUACUCUUCCGUGAGGCACGUAGUUGUGUCCAAGAACCACGAUGGCGGAAGCAACGACUUGGUGGUGUACUUGCACCUUGUCCACCCACCCCUUCUCUACAGGGUUCACGAGACCCACCACCCAGAAAACCAGGACCAUGACGAUGAAUGCGACCCGCGCAAGCCAAAAUAUGUGGAGCAGCACAGCAUUGAUGAACGAACGAGGUGGGUCCGUGCGGUGGACUUUGGCAAGCACAAGACAAAGUGUGACAGUAGGACAUUGGGCGUCUGUCGUGUCAUGGCUCUCUCAUUUUCAUCAGCAUGUCAGCGCAUCCAAGAAGCGCUCUCCUGCCUGGCUACACUGAGCACAACAACGAGUCUAUACUAUGGUGCAGUAGAGCUGAAGGCGAGGCACAGCAAGGGGAUUGGCGAAGCAGACAAGGAGCUACGUGUGGAGGACCUGUCGUUUGGCUGCGGAUUUGCUCUGGCCGCCGUUUGGAGGUCGUCAGCUCAGGUGGCCGAUGAGUUGCUGAUUAGUGGGGCCAAGACGCAGGCUGCAGAAGCAUUGAAACGGAUGGACUUCGAGGAUCCUGCAGCUCUGGAAGAGGCGCUGUAUGCGCUGCAGCAGUCGCUUGACAACGGCCGCUUUGUCUCUUUCCAGGUGGGCCUUGAGGCACUGUAUGGGCGGUACAGUUUGAUGCACCAGCGGUCUGGCAAACUGACAGGUGGUGUACUGGGGCAGGAGCUCCCAGAGCAUGUAUGCCUGGUGCGGCGAGCGGUGCUGACGCCCACGCGCCUUCUGCCGUUGCCUCCGCAACCUAUCAGCACCAGUCGAAUCCUCCAGCACUUUGAGCCUGAGCACGCGCUUCGCUUGCUGAUACGUGAUGAGGAUGGCACCAAGAUGUCGUUCUCACUGGGCAUCCAGCGUGCACAUUUUCUGUUCACCUACACACGGCCCAGGCUGCUCGACGGCUUCACUAUCGCCGGCCGCCAGUACAUGUUCUUGGCAUCAUCCACAAGUCAGCUGCGCAGCCAUGGUGCAUGGUUCUACUCAGUUGAUUCGAAAGGCCGUUCAGCAGACGACGUGAGGAGUGCGCUGGGUGACCUGUCCCAUCUACGAUUGCCUUCCAAGUACAUGGCGCGGUUGGGGCUAGCAUUCUCCCAGUCGCUGGGCAGGAUCCACGUCCCCCGUGAAUGCACCGAUGUUGUGCCGGAUAUCGAACUUAAAGGGCCGCGCAAGAAUCUGCACUACGUCUUCUCGGAUGGUGUCGGACGCAUUUCUACGGCUCUUCUCGCCAGGGUCCACAAAGCUCUUCCACAAGAGGGCCAGCCAAGCGCCAUCCAGAUUCGGUACGGUGGUUGCAAAGGAAUGCUGGUCGAAGACCCAACGCUGGAAGGCGAGUGUAUCAUCUUCCGGAAGAGCAUGUACAAGCACCCAUCUGACAGCGAGGACCUCUUUAUUCUCAAGACCAGCAGGCCGCGUUCCGUGAAGCUCAACCGCCCCAUGAUCACUAUACUGAGCCAGAAGAGGACGCGUGGUAAUGUUCGCAGCAUUGAGGACUCUGUCUUUCUCGGGAUGCAGCAGGACUGUCUGUCCCCCUACAUGGACAGCCUCUUUGAGGACUCUGCAGCUGCAAACCUGCUGCACGCAGAGUGCGCGCUGCGGCUGCCCUACAAGGACCUUGCCAAAGUGGGGCUGGAUCUGCAUGCUGAGCCCUUCUUCCGUUCCCUGCUCUGGACCUUGCACCAGCGGUGUCUCCAGCAGCUUCGAGAGAAGGCGAGCAUUGCGGUGCCUCCUGAAUAUGGCCGCACCAUGUUCGGUGUCAUGGAUGAGACCGGCACCUUGCAGUACGGCCAAGUGUUUGUCCAGUACUCUCGGGACCUGGCACACUAUAUGCCUGAGGAUGAGUACGUUGUGCUUAAAGGCAGUGUGGUAGUGACCAAAAACCCUUGCGUCCAUGCCGGCGAUAUCCGGAAGCUGGAGGCCGUAGAUGUGCCUGCAUUGCACCACAUUCGUGACUGCAUAGUCUUUCCUUCCCUUGGCAAACGGCCCCAUCCCAACGAGAUGGCUGGGUCUGACCUGGAUGGAGACGAGUACUCUGUCAUCUGGUACCCACCACUCAUUUUCCACAGGAACGAUGACCCAAUGGACUUUUAUGAUGAUGAAGCUGUGGAGAGUGAAGGUCCUGUUCAGGUGGAACACAUGGUUGAUUUUGUGUGCAAGUACAUCCUGCACGACGUUGUAGGUCUUAUCAGCAAUGCGCACCUUGCCUGGGCAGACUGGCUGCGUGAAGGCGUGAAGUCAAACAUGUGCAAAAAGCUCGCCCAUAAAGUGUCACGUGCCGUUGACUUUGCCAAACUGGGGCGGCCCGAGAGCCUCUCAUUGAGUGAGAAGCCGGCUGCUUAUCCGGAUUUCAUGCAGAAGCACAGUGAGAAGGACACAUACCUCUCCCGGAGUGUGCUCGGCAAACUUUACCGCAAGCUGGGCGGAAUGGUUCUGGACAGCGUGGGACCCGUGGCUGAUGUGAAGCCCGACUGUCGGCUAAUCAUUGAGGGUCACGAGGAGCACAUGGAAGUGGCAAGGCAGGCUCUGGCAAAGUACCGGCUGCGGAUUCGAUCACUUCUGGCUACGUAUGGCAUCACAUCAGAGAUCGAGGCACUCUCUGGCGCUGUGAUGACCAUGGAUCCCCGCAUCUCUGAGAAGCACGACCACACAGACGUGGCCGUGGUUGUGGAAACCCAGGUGAAGCACAUUAUGGCGCGCACCCGUGUGGACUUCUACGAUGGCCUCGGCAGUGACUACAAAGAGGCAAAGCGUCGUGCAUCAGCCUGGUACCGUUGCGCCUACGAACAAGGUGCGCAAGCUGAAGGCUUUGCCUGGUGUGUAGCGGAGGAGCUUUUAAACAUUCUGCAGUACGCAGCUCCGACCAACGGACCUGCACGGGGAAGCAUACGAGAUCGUGUGACCCAUGCACUGAUUCCACGGCGCGACCAGGUGGAUAUUCCAUUCCAGACUGCUCUUUUGAACAAUGCCCUGAAGCUUCUGAUACGUUGGCUCAAGAGCAACAAGGAAAUCCUUUGGGACACCGACAAUGCAGCUGCACCACCCUACGUGAAACACGUGACUCGCGUGCUGCAGAAAACACUGGAGCAGCUUGAAAAGAACUUCGGCCUCGCACGAGUUCAAAAGCAGCCCAGCGUAGUGCUUGUAAAUGUCCUGAAAAACUUGGUACUCUGUGCACAGCCUAAAAGUGGCAAGCCUGAGUGUGCUUUGGCCGACCUGGCUGAGCGGACACUCCACCGGCUUCUCUAUCCUGGCAAGGUGAAAGACGAUCUUCCUUUAGAGUCCGUGACACCCGUGGGGCCGACACAGACGCAGGUUGUGCUUCUGCCGAUGCGGGAUGACAACGACUUCUUUCUGGCGAUUGUGCGGCAGGAAAAGCGGUUCCAGGGCCUGUUGCUACACUGGAUGCAGCUUGAGAAGGUGAAAAUUAUGACCUGGCAGGAUGCCCGUCACGAUUGGUUCUUCAAGCUCAUGGUCACGGGAAGCCCUUGGGCCCUUGAUAGGCUUAAGCAAACCAUAAUCCAUGAAAGAUUCCAUGAGGAGCUGAAAAAGAUCCUCUCGGACCAAGAGGAUAUUGAUGAAGAGAAGCAGUGUUGAACUGUUGGUUAAUGAAUUUCUCGGCAGGACUGUGGUUUUUUCAGUGGAGGUGCAAUGAGUUGUGUAGAGCUUUUGAUAGGGUGGCAUGCAUAACUGGUAAAGGAGUGCAUUCAGUAUGGGAGAUGCAACUUCUUAUAUAAAAUUAAUAACUAAUGAGUUAUUCACGUGAGUAGCUCAAAAGAAACCUGUUGCACAAAGUGGAUAUCAAGAAGUAAAGCUGCAUUGAGCUGUUGAAUGUUGUAGUGAGGCCGUGGUUUGAUGCAGUUGGAGCAACAGUGAGUCUGUUUGUGUAGGUCUUUAGUGAUGUGGCGGGCAUCACUGGUGAAGGGGUGCAUUCGGUAUGGGAGCUACACGUUCUGUUCUAAAGUUCACAGUUUGCUGUUUUAAUGUUUAGUUCUAUAUGGUGGAGACAAGCAGGCGAAAAGGAAUGUCAAUUGCUUGGGCCUGUUUCGCUUUAUUGGGGGCCAUCUCUUAAAAACAGGCUGUGUACGGUGUUUACGCAAUUCUAGUGCAAUAAAUUUACAUUCUGUGAAGGCAAAUUCUGCAAGUUUCAUGUUGGCUGCAAAAAAAAAAGAAAGAAAAAAGAAAACCGAGAGGCACUCUACUUGUUAAGAAAUCUGCGCGUUAAAAUUUGGUAAAUACAGUAUUCUAGUUGCUGAAGUGUAAUUUUUCUAAUUAUUGUUAGUACCAGUUGGAGAAAGAACCCUAAAUAUUUGAAACCACACUGAGUAUACCAGGCGUUCUUGCAUAAAUUGUGCAUAAUUUUUUAAUUACCUUUAGCAGAUCACACAAUUCUGCUGCUUCAGCUGGAUUAUAGUCCAAGAGGUGGACAUUACUUGCAUGAGAAGUUGUAAUGCACAUUCAACUAAUUAAAAUUUCACUAAGCAAGGUAACCAGUUUGUUACUGAAACGUGCGAGUGGAGUUUGGAGGAAGAGGAGAACGAAGAUGGGCUGGCUCACGUGCGGCACUGUGAACGGCUUUUGCUGAGGGAUUGCAUUCAUCAUCUUGCAUAUAAAUGUGAUCCAUCGUCACAAUACAUUUUAUUUAGUCUAUUAUGCAUUUUGUUUGAUUUUGCAAAUUAUGUCUGCCUCUUGGAGAAGUCCAGUUCAGGAAUUAGAAUUGUGCGAUCUGCCACAAUAAAGAUUAAAAUAAACAAAAUUGUAUAGUCUGAAAAACAAAAACACCUGGUAGAAUACACCGUAAAUAUAUUUGCCCCAAUUUUCUUCUUUAACUCUUUUCUUACUGCCUAAAAUGUGCUCGAUUUCAGUGCUUUUAUGUUUUGGCAUUUUAUUUCAAGACAUGUUGGUCAUAACAUACAUUGUGGUACAUAAACUUUAGCCUAAUCGUUGCGGUUGUCAUGGAAGCAGAAAUUAUUGCUCUGAUUGUUUUUAAGGAUUCUUGUGUGAAAUUUUAAAAGCACCACUUUAAAAAGCAUAAAUGAAAAGAAUAACUUGAGUUUUACUGUCUUAAAUUAAUUUCUGUGUUAAAUUUAAUUCAGAGUUACUUGACCGAUCGGCCACCACUGUGUGUCAAUAAUAACUGUCCGCACUAGCAAAAAUUAGACAUGGCGUACCACGGGGUAGUAUACUUGGCCCACUAUUGUUUAACAUUUUUAUAAACGACAUCAUAUAAGUUGACAGUUCAGUCGAAUAUGUUGUUUAUGCAGAUGACACUAGUUUGUUCUUUUCUGGGAUGAAUGUUCAUAAUAUCAUAGCAUUGGCAAAUGACACACUAAGUGGACUGUACACUUGGACAGUAAAAAACUCUAUACAAAUAAACUGUUUCAAGACAAAAGCGGUUAUUUUCCGAGCCAAAUCUACAACAUGCCCUGUGCUCAAUUCCUUAUACCUAAAUAAUGUUAAAAUUGAAUUCUCAAGAAAUCAUUACAUUACAAUCAUAUUGCAGAAAGACGGCAAAUGUUGCAUUGCAGGUACACCAUAUGAUGCACAUAUGUCCGAUUUAUUUGGAAGAUUUCAAGAUUUUAAAAAUUGAAACUUCCUACGAAUACUAUCUCUUCACGACACUUAGAUCAGAACUUAUCCAUAACAGCCGCCACAUAUGUACAUUAGCAAACUUGACUCCAAAUCCCUCUGUGUGUUCAACAAGACACGCUGUUCACUGGCACACUCCACGGCCGCGUACAAACUAUGGAUCACGGCUACUACAGUAUUGUCUACCCAAUGUAGUAAAUAAAUUCAAACUGAAAGCUGACAGUUUACGUGCAAUGUCUAAAAAUUCACUUUUAGAUAUGCUGUCUUUGAGUGCUUUUUCUUUCUAAUGUAAUUAUGACAUCUUGAGUGUUUACAUGUUAUGGUUUCGAACUGUGAUAUCAAAUUUUGCGUACGACUCACUCUUAUACACAGCACGUUGCUGCCUUUGUGCCAAGGGGGUGGCGGGGCUAGUCAAGCUGCAGAUAUGCAGCUUUUACCCUGAUAUCCUCGCCAUAAAUGGUACAUUCUCUUGUGGUACAAUUGUACUGAUGCGGUGAAAUAAACCAAGUCCUAAAGCAAAAUCUCAAAGUACUCAGAGUAAAAAAUAAAGGCCUGAAAUAUGCAGAACAUGUGCCUUGCUCCUGGUUUUCCACUUCUCCAAGUUGGGCUAUGAGAGAAAAAAUUGCACCUUUGGGAGCAUGAAAAUUGGCCGUUGUAGUGCCCUUACUAUGCGCAAAAUGCCUGUGCCAGCUUUUGUGUCUUCACUACUGCUGUCAUUCGAAAAGUGUGUAGCCAAGCUAACCGAAGUACAGAUUUUGCAUUGUUUGAUUGGCAAAUUGCUAGAAGCACUGGAGGCGAGGUUCAACGAUGCAUCCCAAUCAAUAUUUUUUUUAGACUUCCUAAUGUGCCAUAAAUUGCCAUAUCGUGCAUAUCGCCAAUCCAUGGCAUUGCUUGUGGAACAGUUCCGAUGGCAAUGUCUAAUGUGUCUGAAAGCUGUUCAUAAAGGUUACAUAUUUUUUUUGUGGGGGGGGGGAAAGGGGGGGGGGGUCUGGUAAGGAAAGAGCUAACAUGUGCGGAGCUCAACCACCAAACUGACUGAGCUCUGUAGGAAAGCCAGCCUAUAUGUGCUGUGGGAGACCACAUGGGUUACUAGGUACAAUUCUGAGAACAGUACAAAUUAUUCUGGCCACAUUAUUCCGGUACUAGUGUUUAAUGACCUGUUCUGCGGAGCUAUUGCUGUCUGCACAGGUAAUUUCUGUAAGGAUGAUUUUGCAGUGGUGAAACACUCUACGUGUCUAAAGCUUUGUGUUGUGCACUUAUUUCUCACUGUAAGUCCAAGUUGUCUAAAGCCUUCUCUUGCAUUGUAGUUGUUCAAAUGUGGUGUAUAUUUCUUUUGGUGACAGUGUUCACUUUUCCUCUUGUGACACUAUGCUGCCUGAGAAACUGAAUAAGUCACACGAAUUUUGUGCGUUUUUCUAAGUCAUGGAUUCUUGGGACAUAUAUAUGCAAUAGGAAAAUCAUUAUGAAGCUUCAUAUGUUUAUCCAAUGUUGCUGCAAUGUACGUUUGAGUGCAUGCUUUUGCAUCUUGUGCAAGGCUCUUUUUUAAAAAACUGUGACAAACUUCACCACGGUUCAGAAAGAGAGUUUCCACUUGCGUAUGGUGUUCUCAUAUGUGCACUUUCGAUUUUUAACUCUUGCCAUUUUUUGUACAAUGUGACUGCCACUCUGUGCAUAGUCAUGAAAUAUAUCCAUGAAAAGUUUAGUGCAGCCUUUGUGGUUAUUUGCUUGCAUUCCCUGCUGCAAGAACCUCUUAUAGAGGCAAGGAAUUGUGGACUGGAAUCGUUCAUUGAGUCCAUUGAGUUCAAUAGGGCAUCUCUAGCAUGUGCACUUAAAAACACUGGCUGGGAGAGGUGUUACUUGAACAGCACAUUGGAGGUAUUGUGAAGUACCACCAAGCAUGGUUGUUGAAGGUAAAUGGCCACUUGAUACAAGGAGCAAGACCCUGUCGAGGCCUUCUAUGAUUAGAGCCAUAAUGUCGGCAGUCGUACUUCAUUUUUAAUUUGGUGAGCUAGGGAGCAUUCAGCCAUCACAUGUAUUGCCAAGCUGAACCAUGGCGUCAGUAUGUGCGUGUGAAUGAUUUCUCUUUAUAUUUGUUCUGACAAGAGGCAAGUCUCCACGAGUUGUACAAGAGGUCAUAUAAAAAAUAUUUUUCCACGUGGAAUGUAUGUGUUGGAUCCGUUAUCACCUUUUGGUGAAUUCGGAGCGCAAUGGCAUUGGAGGGCUUGAGUGCCUGAGCUGCGUAUAUGUAUAUUGAGUUGCAGUGUUAAAGUGUCAGGUGCAAGAUAAGCCGAAUGUGUUGAUUUGUCAGAUGAUAUAUUUUUUGUUGCUCACUGUGAACUUUUUGCUUUAUUGUUAUUUUCGCAGCCAUAUGAUUACUAUUUGUUUGCAAUGCUGUGUUCAUGUUGCUUCUGGCUACAAAGGGUGUAGCUACUUACUAUAUGGGAUUUUCUCUUAAUGUAAACCUUCCAAUGUCUCACAUUUCUUGUUGACUGAUGUAUGGCAUUGUCAUAAAGCAUGAUCAAGCCUU